AUGUAAUCCAAAGACUUUUAAUUACAAUUAGAUGUUUAAGCUUUAAGAGAAUCAUAAAUACAACUUGAUAAUAUUAUCAAUCAAAUUUCAAAAUAAAAACAAUCACAAUCAUUAAAAUUAAAUUCACUUUCAACAUCCAAUUUUGAAUUGAAUAAAACCUUAUAAUAAUUCAAUAUUUCUAAUUCCCCAAUUAAAGAAUCUGAUAAUAAUAGUAAAUUAUCCAAUUCAAAAGAUUUUGAAUAAGAUAAGUUGAAAAAUUAGAAGGUUGAUGAAUUAAAAAAGAAAGGGAACGAUUACUAUUGUAAUGCUAAUUAUUAAUAAGCUAUUGUAAUGUAUACUGAGGCACUUUAAUUAAUUUAAGAUAAUGUAGUUUUAUGGCUCAAUAGAGCUAUUUCUUAUAUCAAAUUAAAUUAAUUUCAUUAAGCAAUUGAAGAUUGUUCAAAAGUAUUGGAAAUUGCCAAUUAAGGAAAUAAUUCAUUGAAAGCAAAUAAUGAUAAUUGUUUUAAAGCAUAUUUAAGAAGAGCAUUUGCAUUUUUAAAAAUUAAUUAAUUUGCUCUUGCUCUAUCAGAUAUUGAGUAGGCUUUGAUUAUAGAUCCUAAGGAUUUAGAGGCUGAAAAAUUAAAAAUAGAUGUGGAAAGAUAAUUAAAUAAUGAAUAACAUAAAUAAAAUAAUUAAUAAGAUAUUAAUAUUGUUAUUCCAAAGAAAAAAAUACAUGAUUCAGCAUUGGAUUUUAAAAAUGUUAUUGAUAAUUUUUUUUUACUUAAAGAAAAAUUUGAUCUAUUUCAAGCUUUUUAAGUAAUGUAGAAGAAUACUGAUGAAGCAGCUGCCUAUUUUUAUGAUAAAAAAGGAAUUGAAACUUUAAUAUAAAUAAUAUAAUCAGAUGAUGAAGUCUUACAUGAUUAAUACAACGUAUUUUAUCUUAAAAAAUUAGAUGAUGGCUAGUCUUCCAGCAAUGAUCUUAUAAUGUUAUUAAGAAAACAACUAAGUAUACUAAGAGUAAUUCAUAAAAUAAUAUAAUGGAGUUGAUCUAUUGAUACAUAAAAUACUUGGUUUGUUAGAAAAGGCUAAUUAUAAAAAGAAUUCAGCAAUUUACGAUUGUAUUAAAGAUUAUAUUGAUGCUUUAAAUAUAAUGACAGAUGAAAAAGUAAGAAAUCUUAUAUAAUCAAAUCCAAUUUUUGAAACUAAAUUUUAUUCUUAAAUAUUUUGUCCAAUUUUGAACUUAUAUCAAUCAGAAAUGGAUCUAACAGCCUCUUUACUUAGUUUAAGUGCUAAUUUAUCUUUUGAUAUAAAUAGUUCUAUAAGAACAGUAUUUUAUAACAAAUUAGAUGAAAUCAUAAUUUUGAUAAUUUAAAUAUUGGAAAAUGUUAAAUUGAAUUUAGAAUCAUCUAAUUUAUUAGUAUAAUUAUUUAAUUAUUUGACAAACUUAUUAAUUGAAGAGUAAUUUAGAUAGAAAUUUCUAAGUCAUGAUUUCAAUAAAGAAUUUUAUAUAUAAUUUUUCGAUAUUUUAAAAAAUAUGGAUUUGUAAUUUGAAGAACUUUUAUAAAUUUAAUUAGGAUUUUUAAUUAAUCUAUUUUAUAGCAAUGAAAUAAUCCAUUCUGAGUAAUUGAUUUAAGAAUUGAGAAUUCUACCUAGAUAUUUUGAAUAAUAUAGUCAAUCUAAAGAUGCAAUCAUUCUAGAAAGAAUAGAAAUACUUCAAUCAUUUUUAUAGAUUCGAAAAGAUUACUUUACUCAAUUAGAAAACUAAAAACAAUUAAGAUGA